AAGACCUUCCCAAAAAUCGCCUUGCGCGCCCCCCGUUUCGUCGGCGUUAGGGCGGUUGUUGUUCCAGGAUGCCGCACGCCCUCUGCGAUGGUUGCGGAGACCCGGAGCAGUCAGUGCUCGCAUCCUCCCCUUCUGUCAAAGCGGAUCGUUGUAAAGAAGUGCAGCAGAUCCGAGAGCAGCAUCCCAACAAAAUCCCGGUCAUCAUUGAACGCUACAAAGGGGAGAAACAGCUGCCAGUGCUGGACAAGACCAAGUUCCUUGUCCCAGACCAUGUCAACAUGAGUGAAUUGGUCAAAAUAAUCCGGCGCCGCCUGCAGCUGAAUCCCACGCAGGCAUUCUUCCUGCUGGUGAACCAGCACAGCAUGGUCAGCGUGUCCACCCCCAUCUCGGAGAUCUACGAGCAGGAGAAGGAUGAGGAUGGCUUCCUCUACAUGGUCUAUGCUUCCCAGGAGACCUUUGGCUUCUGAGGGCUGCUGAGAGGUGGCACGUGGAGACAGAUGAACUGUGGCACAGAGGCCCCUGGCCUCAGAAGACAACACAGACAGAGGCUCACAAGAG